CCUGCCCAGGGGACCGGACUUCCCAAAGAGCGUCAGGGCUGGGGAGGGGCCAGCGCCCGCCCCGCGGGGACAAAAGCAAAGGGGGACAGGAGGCUCAGCAGUAGGGAGGCUGGUGGCGGCAGGUGCGAGAGCAGGGGCCGGGGGAGGGACCCCAAGCCAUGGCAGGGGCGGGGAUGCAGAGCUGGGAAAGGAGAUGGGCAGGGGGCCGGAGAGUGGCCGGGGCUGGGCUUCGGGGGGCCGGAGAGUGGCCGGGGCUGGGCUUCGGGGGGCCGGAGAGUGGCCGGGGCUGGGCUUCGGGGGGCCGGAGAGUGGCCGGGGCUGCGCUUCGGGGGGCCGGAGAGUGGCCGGGGCUGGGCUUCGGGGGGCCGGAGAGUGGCCGGGGCUGGGCUUCGGGGGGCCGGAGAGUGGCCGGGGCUGCGCUUCGGGGGGCCGGAGAGUGGCCGGGGCUGGGCUUCGGGGGGCCGGAGAGUGGCCGGGACUGGGCUUCGGGGGGCAGGAGAGUGGCCGGGGCUGGGCUUCGGGGGGCAGGGGCAGGGGGCCAGAAGGAUGGACAAGGAAAGCACUUGGAGACUGGGACUGGGGCAGGUGUCCAGUAGGAUUAACAUGAACUCUGGACGUGGAGGCGCAGGCAGCGCUGGGGGCGGCCCCCGCUGGGCUCACGGCGGCUUCUCUCCUCAGCCCCCAGGUCGUCCCUUCCCGCUCGGAGUCAUGCGCUGGUGGGGUCUGCUCCUCCUCCUGCACGGGGCCGGGGCCGGCGAGGCCGAUCCCGGGGACGACCCCUUCCUGAGGUGCUUCCAGGACCCGGACCGCGAGGAGCUGCUGGCCAUCGUCAGCCGGGGGCUCAACCGGACGGCGCGGCCCCAGCGGGUGGCGGUGGUGGGGGCCGGCGUGGCCGGGCUGGUGGCCGCCAGGGUGCUGGAGGACGCCGGACACCAGGUGACUCUGCUGGAGGCCAGCGACAGGAUCGGGGGCCGGAUCCUGACGUACAGGGAUGAGCGGACGGGCUGGCUGGGAGAGCUGGGGGCCAUGAGGAUACCAUCCAGCCACACGCUCCUCCUGAAGCUCUGCGCCCUCCUGGGCCUCCCCCUGGUCCCCUUCGUUCAGUACGACAUGAACGCCUGGACGGAGGCCAACGGGGUAAAGCUGCGGAACUUCGUGGUGGAGGCUGCGCCGGAGCAGCUGGGCUACCGCCUGCGGGCCUCCGAGCGAGGCCGCUCCCCGGAGGCCAUUUACCAGCUGGCCCUGGACAAGGCCCUGGAUGAUCUCAAGCGCCUGGGCUGCGCAGGGGCGCUAAAGAAAUUCGAGAACAUCACCCUCCUGAACUACCUCCUGGGAGAAGGGAACCUGAGCACGGAGGCCGCCCAGCUCCUGGGAGACGUGAUGGCCGAGGACGGCUUCUUCUCCCUCAGCUUCGCCGAGGCCUUACGGGCCCACAGCUACCUCAACGACGGGCUCAGGUACUGGCGCCUCCGCGACGGCUGGGACCAGCUGCCCCGUGCCCUGCUGCUCUCCCUGAGCGGCCCCGUCCUGCUCCAGGCGCCCGUGGUCCGAGUGACCCAGAACCGGAAAGGAGCCACCGUCCACUACCGUGACCCCCAGCAGCCCUCGCGCCUGCUGUCCCUGACUGCUGACCGCGUGCUGCUGGCCACCACUAGCACGGCCCUGAGCCACGUCGAUUUCCAGCCGCCCUUGCGGCCCCCCCUUCGCCGGGCACUGCGUAACGUCCACUACGUCCCGGCUACCAAGGUCUUCCUCAGCUUCCGGAGACCCUUCUGGGAGGACGAGGGCAUCCUGGGGGGGCACUCGAACACUGACCGCCCGGUCCGCGCCCUCUACUACCCACAGGGCCCCGGGGGAGAGGCCGGCGGCCUCCUCCUCGCAUCCUACACGUGGUCGGACGCCACGGCCGCCUUUGCGGGCCUGGGGGAGGAGGAGAUCCUGCGCCUGGCGCUGGAGGACGUCGUGGGCCUCCACGGCGAGAAGGUGCGGGAGCUCUGGGACGGCCGCGGGGCCGUGAAGCGCUGGGGGGAGGAUCGCUACAGCCAGGGUGGCUUCGUGAUGCAGCCCCCGCAGCCCAGAGACGCCGCGCAGGGGACGCCCUGGCACUGGGACUGGACCCAGCCCGAGGGCCGCGUGCACUUUGCGGGGGAGUACACGGCCCUCCCCCACGGCUGGGUGGAGACAGCCAUCAAGUCAGGGCUGCGGGCAGCCCUGAGGAUACACAAGGGGGCCUAGGAACCCAGGGAGGCCCCACUGCAUCUAGAGGGAGGCCCAGGAACCUCUGCCAGGCCCACGGCCGGGAGCCCCUGCUUCCGUUCCGGCCUGGGUCGUGCAGUCCGGCCUCCGCUCUGGCCAGGACCACGCAGUCCGGCCUCUUCUCCGGCCAGGGCCACGCAGUCCGGCCUCCGCUCUGGCCAGGACCACGCAGUCCGGCCUCCGCUCCGGCCAGGACCACGCAGUCCGGCCUCUGUUCCGGCCGGGACCACGCAGUCCGGCCUCUGUUCUGGCCAGGACCACGCAGUCCGGCCUCUUCUCCGGCCAGGGCCACGCAGUCCGGCCUCUGUUCUGGCCAGGACCACGCAGUCCGGCCUCUUCUCCGGCCAGGGCCACGCAGUCCGGCCUCUGUUCUGGCCAGGACCACGCAGUCCGGCCUCCGCUCCGGGCGGGGCCACGGGCCGGGAGUCCCUGCCCUCCUCGUGCCCCUGCUUUGCCAGGACCUAGGAAGGUCCCGGGCUCAGCUGCCCACGGGCCUGAGGCAGGAGGGACCCAAAGUCAAUAAAGCCUCUGUGGAAAGUC